AUGAACCCUGGAAGUUUGUUCCCCGCGGUGCCACCGCCCCCUCCUCCCCUGUCAUUCCAGGGCAUCAAUAGUUUAUACACAAGUGCGAGGACCAAAUUCUUUUUAAUCAAAAGCUCGUCAGACAAGAAUAUUUCCAUUUCGUUGAACUUUAACAUUUGGGCUACCACUCCAAAAAAUGAACAUAAGUUUGUUUCUGCUUUUAGGGAAAAUGAUUAUGUGAUACUGAUCUUCUCCGUCAAUGGGAGCUCCAAGUUUUGCGGCUACGCCGUCAUGCGAUCGAUGCCGGGCGAAUCCCAAAACGGCAAUGUCUACUUCUACUAUGAUGACAAAAUAUUUCGAGGGCGAAACUUUGAUAUUCAGUGGAUUAGAGUCGUUGACGUGUCCUUUCAAGAAGUGUCUCACUUAAAAAACGGCUUGAACGAAAAUAAACCAAUCAAAGUUGGGCGUGAUGGACAGGAAAUAGAACAAAUGGCCGGCAUAAAAUUGUGCGAGGUCUUCGAAGCGAAAUACCUGAGCAUGGCUUCUUGCGCAGACCAAGGUGUGCAAGAGGAGAUACAGUCAAAUGGAGCGAACCAGCCAAACCAAGCAAAUCAAACAAACCAAACAAACCAAUCAAACCAAACAAACCAAUCAAACCAAACAAACCAAACAAACCAAUCAAACCAAACAAAUCAGGCGAAACAGUCCAAACAGACGAGUAGCACAAAUUACGAGACAAGCACAAACCUUCCAACGAGCAGCCCGUGCGAGGAAGAGAAAAGGGAAUGCGUAAAACUCUUCCCCCUGGGGAACAACUUAAAUAUAAACUACACUGCCUUCAAAAGGAUCUAUGCGGAAUCGCAAUUCAACUUAGUCAAUAUAUACAAUCCCGCACUCCACGUCUUCCCGAUCGACCUCACCAACAUGAGUUACGACGAGUACAUUGAUUUGUAUGAGGCAACGCAGCGGGUGUGGCACCGGAAGAUGCUCCAGUUGCGCUUAGGUCGUUAG